AUGGUUCAACAUAUUGUUGGAGUAAUUCAGUUUGCCCAUCACAUACAACAUGUAUCGAAGGAAAAUGUUGCAAAACUGAUUUUUCAUAUAAUAUCCGUCAAUGUCCGGAAACAUAUUGGGAAUGCGGUAGCGGUGAAUGCGUUCCGUUGGAAACACGUUGUGACGGAUUGCAAGCAUGUAAUGAUGGAUCAGAUGAAAUGCAUUGCGGUUUAA